AUGCGACUCCAAUGGGAUCUGCUUCUUGGCAUUCCUGGUCGCCAUUUUCAGCUUCACCAGAGGGUAAAAGUCAUUUGGAUGUUUCGGAAGAGGAUAGAUUUCCUUGCUGCACAAAGCUCUCUAUCAAUAUGGUAUCAAAGGAAAUACACUUCUUCUGCUUUCUCUGAUUUCCUUCUAGCUUUUCUUCUCCUUUUUCUCUUUGGUUUCAUGGGUGCCAUGGAUGAUUCUAAUCUCUUUCCCAUACAAACCAGUGAUAAUCCUGGUUUGAGCCUCGUCACUCAUCCUUUAUCUGGAGAGAAUUAUAAUUCUUGGAAGAAAGCCAUCAAGAUGGCACUUCUUGGCAAAAAUAAUUUGCUUUUGUGGAUGUAUUCAGAUGUUGAACCCGUUGAUAUACCUGCUCCCAGUCAACGCAACGGUAUUGAGCUACCAAAGAGGCAAGGGAACUGUAGAAGAAAGAAAUGUGGUGGCAGCAGUCUUUCAGAGGAUGCUGCUACUACUCUAAUAAAGUUACUUUGUGAAGGUACUCCUACAGGUAAGAAGGAUGCUGCUACUGCUAUCUUCAACCUAUCUAUUUAUCAGGGAAAUAAACCAAGAGCUGUAAAAGCUGGUUUAGUAGCCCCACUGAUUCAAUUUUUGAAGGAUGCUGGGGGUGGAAUGGUAGAUGAAGCAGUAGCUAUUAUGGCAAUCCUUGCAAGCCACCAUGAAGGCAGGGUAGCGAUCGGUCAGGCCAAGCCAAUUCAUAUUCUUAUUGAGGUUAUACGAACUAGCUCUCCACGCAAUCGAGAGAAUGCUGCUGCUGUCAUGUGGUCACUAUGCACCGGAGAACCACUACAAUUAAAACUAGCGAAAGAACAUGGUGCAGAAGCAGCACUGCAGGAGUUGUCAGAAAAUGGAACUGAUAGAGCUAAGAUAAAAGCUAGAAGCAUAUUGGAACUCUUGUAG